CUAUACCUGGAGCGGUUGUACCGGCGUAAUCAGAAGAGGGGUGGGUAUCGGAGAAAGGAAAAAUAAAAAAUACGAAAUAAAUGAAUGAAGGAAAGAAAAAAAAAAAAGGAGAAAUGAGAUGCGAAAAUCGAUCGGCUCUAUAGGUGCACGCCGAUGAAUGAACGAGUCAGACUUUGCCUGACUGGCUAGCUGGUUCACUGACUCACUGAACUGUUUGACAUCAACUGACUCCCGCGCAUAAAAUCACGUUACAUCGCAUUUCAACGAGCAUCCCUCUAUUCCCGAUAAUAAUUGCCAUUCGAUAUCCUCGCUGUACGUAUAGUAAAUGCACUCAUGUAGUACGUUGUACGUAUACAUAUCCGGUAUAAUACCAAUGGAAUGUUUUAUGCUAUGUCUCAGGCAGACGCGACUAAGGAUCAUCAUGUUCUGUAAAACCGCAAACGAGGAUUACCUGCUGCUCCACUAACGUCAAAAGUUAAGAUGGAAGUGCGUACGGAACGGAUGCGAACGGCAGGACGCAUCGCGCCGACGGGUCGGGUGACGCCAACGGUGCAGCCACCCCUAGCAGGGGGUGGUAGGCGGAAAGCCAUACCUGUGCCACCUCCGCGCGUCCCAACGCCGAUGCCAGUCGCCAACAAUAACCAGCAACAAAGGAACAACGCUAAUGUGGUGCCGAUCGCGACGGUUUCGAUUCAGAAAAAGGAACCGCAAGAAACCAUCGCUAGGAUCGCGAAGCGAUAUCUCGAUGACAACAUGCAGCAGGCCUGGAUCAAUCCUCGACUGAUAUCGAUGAUAAACAUGGAGGCUGUCACAUCGACGGAUUACAAUUCGGCUAAUCUGAGCCGAAAUUUUAAUCAAGUCGGUUUCAAUACCUACAAUUAUUCGCAAUUCGAACAGAGGAUAAAACCCAAGCAAAUUAUGAAGUACGGCGAGGAGUACACGGAUCACAGCGGUCACCAUUCCCAGAGAAAUUCGUCGAAAAUUGGGCGACAGGAUUUCAGAACGAACCUGAAAUAUCCCCAGGAGAGUCUGGCAAAAUUUGAGGAAAGAUACACGAGAAGUCAUUCGCAACCCGAACGACAACAUCACGCGCAUAACGAGACGAGAUCCAAGUCGCAGGACUCUCGGGAAUUGACUUUUUACGAAAUUCAUCCACCGCCGACGCAAAAACAGCACGAGAGCCAGUACACGACCUUCCACAGACAUAACGAGAAGUCUGGCAGAGAUACCGGGAAGAACGAACUGAAAUUUUACGAGAUCGACGGUCCGCCUCCGCCGGCGUCCGAAAAAGUGAAGGAGGUGAAGUUCAGCCAGUCGGAAAAAUUGGACAAGCGAGAGAAGGAGAGGGAGAGAGAUCGGGAGAGGGAGAGGGCCGAGAACGCGAUCACUAUUUGCAAUCAGACCAGAGGAAAUUCGAACGUUAUUCUUCCGGAGGGGAAAUCGGUACCUCCGAAGUACGACGUGAACCGAGGGCAAAACGGCCCCGGCGAUCCCGCGUCCGAAAAUCAACCGCCGAAUUACAAGAAACCCGCUCAUUGCACCUCCUUCGUGGAACCGCCGAAAUAUCGUCCCUACGAUCGGCCCCCCAGGUACCAGGAAACUCUGCCUCCGAAGGGGGAUCCGCCGCCGAAAUAUCUUCAGGAUCCACCAAAGUAUUCCGAGGUAACCAAAAGGCACGAGGAUUCGAAGCGUGGUCAGGAGGAAAGGCGUCGUCGUGUUGGACGCAGCCUGGCGCCUGGAUCGGAGACAGCCGGCACAACGAUUCUUGCCAGUAUAACGCCGACCGCGCGCGAAGCAGCACGUGGCCCAUCGCGGCAGAGGUCUUCGCAAAGGGGAAACGACGUGCGUUCGAGGGUCGAGGACUCUUCGGGAGUAGGAGGCGGCGGCGUAGUCGUAGCUCGUACGGGUGGGGACGAUGAGGUCGUCGAAGGGAUUCAGGUCGUCGUGACCGCCCCGCGAGAGGUGCAAGACUCUUCGAAAUCGGAUAUGUUGAAGGCCCAGGUGGCGAGGGCCCAGGAGGGGUUGACCGGCGACAAGUUCAAAGGGACCGUCGACGGUCCGUUAAAAAGUGGAAGUGAAGUGACGCAGGUAAAGUGCGUCGAGAAGUUGACCAACCCGAGCGAAAAAACAAUAAAAUGUUGUUCCUCCUCUAACGGAGAGUCAAAGUCGAAGGUCACCAGCGGUGCGGAGGGCGGCAAAAAUGUCGAGAAAUCGAAGGGCGCGGGUCACGAUCAAGGGUACAAAACGGAGAACAUCAAGUACUACGGCGAGUUGAAGGGCUACGAUUUCAAAUCGUACGGUAAUAUCGACAAACCGCCGAGUUCCUCGGCCCACGAGAAAUCCCACCAGUAUUCGUCGCACGACAAAAGUCACGCGAAAUCGCUACAGGGUUACGCGCAAUCGAAAAUCAAUCACGUCGAACCAUCGCCGAAAAGUGUUUACAGUGACAAGUACAGUGAUUCGUACGACGGGAAACACUUUUAUCACAGGUCAUCGUCUCAUCAACAGAAACCAAAUCUUUUUCAAGUUUAUCAAGAAACGAAAUAUUCCUACAACGUUAGCGGCGUGCCCGGUACACCUGCUCAAGCCAGCGCUGCAGCAGCUUUUUUCGCAAGAGCGGCGCAGAAGCUGAAUCUUUCGUCGAGUCCUCAUCGAAGACGACGUUCCGGUGACGAGGGUUCCACGCAGGACGAACAACCGAUAUCCCCGAACGGAUACGCGGCACUUUUACUCAAGUCUCCGCCACCCGCGCCACCGGCUCUUCUCAGGAGAAUCGGUGUCAAGGAACUCACCGGUGUCGGCAAGGUGAAAGUCAUGCUGAGGGUUUCAUCCGGUGAAGGUGGCAGCUUCUUCAACGCCGACAAAAGGAAGAAACAAGUGACUCUCGUCGAUCCGGCGUCCGCUCAAUCCUCGUCGGCCGAGGAUCGAAGGCCGACCGUCGCAGCGCCAAAAAUGUUCGCCUUCGACGCUAUUUUUACGGAGGAAGAUUCACAGACUGAAAUCUGCUCGAGUGCAUUGACGGACGUCAUCCAUGCGGUGAUAAACGGAACCGACGGAUGCCUAUUUUGCUUCGGUCACGCCGGCCUUGGCAAAUCUCACACCAUGCUCGGCACCCCGGAGGCUGGUCAUACUCUGGGAGCUAUUCCUUGCGCGAUCGCAUGGCUCUUCAGAGGUAUUUCGGAACAACGACAGAGAACCGGAGCGAGAUUCAGCGUGCGAGUCAGCUGCGUAGAACUCACAGCUGGACAACAACAAAUCAGAGAUCUUUUGGCCGCGCACGCGAAUGAUUCCGAACAAUCCCCGGCUGUUUACCUCAGGGACGAUCCUUUAUUCGGAACACUUCAGUUACAACAACAUAGCGAACUAAGAGCUCCCACGGCUGAAAGGGCAGCGUUUUACCUAGACGCUGCUGUUGCCGGUCGUCAAAGGGACGAAGGAGACGCUCAUAUGCUCUACACUCUACAUGUUUAUCAAUACAGCGUUGCUGGAAAAGGCGGAGUCGCCGGUGGGAGGAGCAGACUGCACCUGAUGGACCUCGGUAAUUCCGAUCGGGGCAAAUCAUCCGGUGGAAUACCGUUGUCCGGACUCGGCAACAUACUGUUGGCAAUUUUCAACGGCCAAAAACACCUGCCGUACAAAGAACACAAGCUGACGCAGCUUCUCAAAGAGUGUUUGGGAUCGCUGACUUGCCACGCGGCGAUGAUCGCCCACGUUUCGCCGAACGCUCAACAUUAUACCGAGACCCUAACCACGGUUCAAUUGGCGUCUAGAAUCCACCGAAUGAGAAGACGAAAAAUCAAGUUCGUCGGUGGAGGAACUCAAGGGAACGGGAGCGGAGGAAGUUCCGGCGAAGAAGCGGCCAGACAAAGUAGCGAAUGCGAUCCAAGCUCCAGCGAUUUGUCGGCGGACACCGUGAUCUACGUCGGUCCCAGCGCCGAUGACGCUACCGACGGCGAACACCCGCCCGUUUAUAUUCCGAGUUUGAAUUCGGGAGACAAUCGCUGCGCCAUGGGACGAGUCCUCAGAGGAUCCGUGGCCGAGAGACCGAGCAGAAUUCCGGAAGAACGAAGUCCGGCCCACAAAGCGACCAAGGUCGUCAAAGCUCUCACGCAAACUGCGUCCAAACAGACUUCGCCGGCGCACAGCAUCACGCCGAAAGCGAGUCCUUCGAGGAGACCCUCGGUGAAAACUAGCACGGCCAAAGUGACCGAUUCACCAACGAGCAAAAUUCCGGUACCGGCGCCGAGCGGAGGCUCCGACGAGCAGUGGAUCGAUGGACCGAGGAUAUCGAAGUCGAAGGUCGCGGAGGCCAGACACAUGCUGAAGGACGCGCAUCAUAAACGUGAAACUUGGAUAGACGGACCGAUGCAACUCACGGGAGCACCUCCUCACGGCCAACAUCCCGCGAGUUACGGUUUUAUGGACAGUCAUAAAAAGAGCAUGAUCAGGAAAUGGGUUGAAAACCAGACGUCCCAGAUCCAGAGGACGAAGCACGUGGCGCCUAGGAUAGACCCCAAGUUGCAAGGUGCGGGGCACGCUUCUCAGUUCAAAGAAAUGACGACCUUCAAGACUUGCGACGACGACGACAAGUCGUCGAUAGUGGACAGCGAGAGUUUGAAAAUGACGGACAUCGAAGACAUCACGGACAAACUCGGCGCCAAGUUGAACCUGUUGAAUGUUAAAUCGAACACAGACUCCGGGCUCGAUUUAACGGCCAGCCCCGUAAUGGAGGAUAGCUUGGACAGGGGAAAAAUCGAUCUCCAGGACGACGACGACGACGACGAGGAGAUUAUCGUACCACCGCCGCUGCCGUUAAUCGAACCAUUGAGCAACGGAGUCAGCAGGGAAGUGUCUAUGGAGAGUUUGAAUCUGUCGCACAAGGAUAUCGUACUGCCUUCGAGACACUCGUUGUCUUCCGAGGACGAAAUAUUGGAGAUCGUCGAAGUGGAAGACUUUGAGCCAGUACCCAUGCAAGAUUCAUGCCUGCAAGUAACGGAAGAAGACAUCGCCUUCUGUAUGGGAGAGAAUCCGCUACCUGAAAGUGAUCAAGAGGAACAUCCUCUCAGGAUACUCAGCCAGGAAAAUUUGACCGUCGUUUCAACGUUCACCGACUCGAUGUCGGUGAUGUCGGACACGGAUCGCUACCGGCCAAGCUACCCGCCGUCAGCCGGAAUGGGUAUGUUGCCCAGACCGUACUUCGACCACGAAGAUUUUCUCGAACAGGAAACACGUCAUAAGUUCGAUCAAUUGGCCCGACUCCACGAACUGUACCAGAGCAAACUCGCCCUCGCUAAUGUCUCCAAUUCCUUGACUUAUCAGAGGGAGAAUUCCUCCUCGGUUAGCGUCCGCGACGCCCCAUCAGCCACGGUCUUCCGACCGCCGUCCCGUUGCCAAUCUUUGUCGCUGUCAGAUGUCCUCUUCAACGAUACCGCGAGCAAUCACGGAAGUAUAUACAGCGAGCCGGCUUACAUACCGGGUAAAAGUGAGCAGGAGAAAAUAUGCGACAACUGUCGACAGAGUAUGUCCCGUCCAGCAACAGCGUCCUAUUGGUACCCGGGGAGCGUGGCUCAUUUGGCCUCGCCCAGGAGGUAUUGCGGCAAACUUGGGGAGUGCAGCAUAUCGAGUUUGAGGCAUCCGGACGGUGCGUCGAACCCAAAUUUGAAGGAAGAAGUCGAAAGGAUACCCGGAAACGGAGCUUCCGGCUCCGAUCCGGAAGAAGAAUACGUCGAGGCCAAAAAACUAUUUACCACGUCCGAGAGAACGGAGCGAACGGUUACCGGAAAAUCGGACAUUGAAGAGGAACACGGACUCCAAGUUCCGCUUCCGCUGCAACUCUCCAUUCCUCCAUCGUCGAUGCCAUCUCCGAGUCGAACGCAGCGGAAAAUCCUCAGUCUAGGAUCAUCUCUCGUCCUUAAUAAAGAAGGCUACGAUUCUGGUGCGGAUUCGACACCUCGUGCAGCCAAACUCUCACCCGCCACGCUCUCGAGACAUCGAGCCGAAAGUUCAGGCUACGACAGCGUCGUCAGAGACAGCGAAACCAGCAGUAUAGCAAGUGACUCCUCGCGACAGACCAGCGCUCUUCAAGAACAUCAAGCGGUGGGACGGCUGGCGGACGAGUCAGAGGAGCUGCUACGGGGGGUGGAAGACUCGCGGGUUCCGUGCCUCCCCGGGGUGAUACUCGCUUACUCAGGAGAGGACGUAGCGCUCCUGGAACGGCGCGCCCGAGUGCGCUCGGAACCGCGUGGCACGUUGUCCAGGAUACACAACCUGCGGCUGCACCAGCGCCUUCUUAGACAAGAACUUCGGGAGGCGAAGAAACGCCUCAUGAUACCCACUGACCGUUGGAGUUUCGAACUUCACGUGGAGGACAGUAUGGACUGGCAGGAUCCGUCUUUUCUGGAGGCCCUCGAAUCGGAAACCUUCAUACUUCAGAAAAGAGUGGAGGCGUGUAAAAGUCACGUCCUUCUCGUAACGAGCUUCGACUCUUGCCCAGUGCAGAAUCGUCACCGCGUCGAGCCACCUCCCGGUAUAAAGAUUACUUAACAGAGAUUUAUCUCGGCGAGACAAACAGUUUGCUGAUCCGCGGAAGCCAACCUUAAUACAAUUAAGAGACCCUUCUUCGAUUACCCGUCCCUCACUUUCGGGGCGUCCAUUAUAGUCCUCGUUAUUCGAAUAAAGAUUUAAAUAAUAUACUUACGAUCCUGCGCAACGAAGGAAUGAUUAGAUGAAAAAAAAAAAAAAAGAAGAGUUACAAAGUGAAUGAAAUGAAUAAUGAACAAAAAUCAUCCGUCGUCCUUUAUAGGAAAAUAUCCGUAUUUGUUUCCACGAUUAGAAAUAUAGAAAUUAUUAAAUGAUGGUUAAACUUAGGAUAAUAACGAUGAUUACGAUUAGGAAUUUAUUGUUACAUAUUUGACUGAAAUCGUAAAUUAUGAAAAUAAAACUAAUAUAAAAUGAAAAAAAAAAAAUAAUAAUACCAGAAAAAUAUGUAUAUUGAAUAUAUGUAUAUUACUUCCAAUUGAGACUGCGGCGUGGCAGCUCUAGACGCAUCUUUAUAUAAAAUAUAAAGCAUUGUCAUCAAACUUAAUUCGAAAAUCAUUGUCGUACUAACGCAUCAUACUCUGUAGCAUUCAUUCAUUUAUCAUCGGAAAAUACGUUUGAACAAUACAAUUUUCUACGAAAAAAAAAAAAAAAAAAACGAAAAAAGACAAACAAAGCUACUGAUAACUGGAAUCUACUUCAAACAACCUACUCUAAAAAUACGGAACAUGGAUCUUGAUCUAUGUGCAUCCGGGAAAUUAACACGCGAUACCGACUACAUUCGCAAAAUUUCCGUUUCGAUCGGAACUCUGCAAAUCAGACUCGUAUGCGUUUCCUCUGGAAUAAUGGUGAGUCAAUUUUAAUAAUGCGGGUGAAUUUGGAACGACAUCGUGCACGAAAACUUUUUAAUCUUGUAUCGCGAAUAGACGCAGUUAUUGCGCGAUUCAAGAAGCUCAGGACGAGGGUUCGAUAAUUAGCAACAAAAAAAAUAAAACGAAGGAGGAAAAAGUAAACUAACAAAACAUAAAACUGCCAAAAACUGUUAUACGAUAAACGUUUUUUAAAAUGUCACGAAUAUAUGCACGCACGUUAAUUCAAUAUUAUCGUAGCUUUAAUUGUUAUUACAGUUACCGCACUUGUAGAAUUCAUAAUCAUUCAUACCUAGUGAGACUAAUAAAAAAAAAGAAAAAAAAGCAGAUAGUAAUUUGUAAUAAUAAUAUGAAAAUCAGUAAAAAGGAGAACAGAAGCACGGAUGCCAUCGAUCGUUUUACCUCGCGUGUAUCGCGAGAAUGAAACAAUAAAAAAAAAAAAAAAAAACAAGAAUAAAGAUAAAUUAUUGAUAACGAUGAUAAGUAAAUGAGAAGAUAACUUUCGGAAGGAAAUUGAAAUCGAUAUCAUUACAUUCGUUUUUCACUUCAAUUAACGCGGAGCAAUUCUCAAGUUACAUUGAAAACAUACUAUACUUUCACGCUCCCGCCUGAACUGUAGCAUAAGAGUAAUGAACACACACAGUUUGAUUACCCUAGAAAUAUCAUUAGGUCAUCAUAUCGACGAAAAAUAAGUUCGUUAGUCCUGUUGGCUAUUCGUUAAUUUUUCAACGUAUAUUAUCCCAAUAAUAUAGCUAAAGAAACGAAAAAAAACAGAAACAAACUGAAAUCUGUACUCAUCGAUUGCCUAAAGUCCCAAAUCCCGCGAUACGUAGUAUCCACUGAAGAGUACAUGAAUUAUAUUUGCUCACUGAAAAUAAAUUAAUUUCCGCACCUGAAAGCCAUUACACGGUUUAUUACCUUGAAGAACAUCGACUUCUCACGAACACUGAGUUACGGUCGCUGUUAAGUAAUUGUUUCCCUCAGGUUAGCGCGAAGGGAGAAAAAGCUGAGCGCACCAGCGACAAAGAAUGGAAAAAUUAAAGUAAGAUUUGUAACUUUAUUUAUAAAUAACGGCUCGUUUCACACUUACUCAGCUCAUGUUUUCAUUAAUUCUGUAAAUAGAUGAGUUUUAUCAUUCUGCUCACGAUCAGCGUCGAUAAUUGAAGUUCUUAUUAGCAUCAACCGUAUUGAAUGAAAAUAUGUGUAACAUAAUGUAGCGCGUUAUGACUCACGGGUGCAGAUAUAAGUCUAGUCUUUUUUUCUACCUUUUUUUUACUUUUCUUUUUUCCGUACUUUUUUGAAAAGAAAAUCAUUUUUUUUUUUUUUCUCACGUUUCGAACCGAUAACUCGACGAAUGAGAUCUUUAUUUUUUACAUUCAUAAGUGAAAAUAUUUAAUUAAAAAUUAUUAUUGUCAAACAAAUCCGUCUAUCCUAUUCUUCUACAUCCCAAUAUACCUAUAUCUCUGUAUUAUAAUACUUGUAUCAUAUUUAUAUUUUAUAUGUACAAACUAGGUAUGUAAUUUCUUGUAAUAAAGAUCAAUUUACAACGUAUAUAUACAUAUUAUAUAAAACGUGUUCGCUAUUUUAAUUCUUGACAGUCUGAAUUUUGGUACGUCUUCGUUGCUAGGAAAGUCGUAAUCCAUUCCAUUUAAUCGUAAAUGAAAAUCAGAAAUGAAAAAAACACUGCAACUCCGGUGAUCGUAUUACUGAAUACGAGUAACGAAAGAGGCGUCCCCUCUAUUUUAAAUCUAGGACGCUGCCUCAUAACAUUAUCCUCAAUGUAGGGCCACCUCCAUUCGUUCUCAACCCUCGUCCCCUUAAUAAUUUUGUUACGUAAUAUUUUCUUUAAUUUCACUCAUCGCCAAGCACAUUCCGUGCAUCGUUCGA